AUGAGACCGGAGGGAGAUCGUCGAUGGAGUGUUGGGACAUUGCUCCUCCCCGAUGGCGGCUUUGCUGAGGUCACGUCAGAGGAGCGGGAUGAUGUUAGACACGUUCGGGAUCUACACCCUCGACUAACCAAACCAGCGCCAGGGGUCUCCUUAGGAUGGCACUCUGUUAAUGCUCGCCACAACCGCCGCAUUUCCUCGGUUUUGAUGCAGAUAAUCGAAAUAAGGCACGCAGCGGAUGAUUUAUGUUAUUUGAAGAAUGCGUGCUUGCGCGAGGCUGAGCGCUGUCAUCGAGUGACAUGCCCACAUCUUAUCGAGAGGCGUCACUCCGUAAUCAUCCGCUCCCCGCUCCCCGCCCCUGGUCGGCCUGGGAUGAUGGCUGAUGGCUGA